AUGGCGACCCCCUCUGCGGCCCAGAAUUUGGGUUCAGACAUCUUCUUCAAUACAUCUGUGCCUACCCUUAAGCUUGAUGUUGAAGACUCCAUUUAUCACAAUGAUGAAUCAACCAAAGGUUCAAAUAUGGAACAGCUUCGAUGGCCUAGAAUCCGAACUAUCUGGCAGGAUGGUUUUUCCGAGUUCUUUGGAACAAUGAUUCUCGUUUUAUUCGGCUUGGGCGCCACCGCACAGAGCGCCCUUACCAAAGGCGCAAAGGGCGACUAUCAGAGCAUUCUAUGGGGAUGGGGGCAAAUGUAUAGAACUGGUGUUAUGCUCGGGUCAUACGUCAGCGGCAAGUCUGGCGGCCAUAUCAACCCGGCCGUUACCCUAGCAAGCUGUGUCUAUCGUGGCCACCCUUGGCGAAAAUUCCCCAUCUACGCCCUGGCCCAAACACUUGGUGGUAUAGUGGCCGCUGCCAUCGUAUAUGGGAACUACCGCGUUGCUAUUGAUGAAUUCGAGGGUGGCGUUGGCGUUCGCACCGUCUCUGGCCCUAAUGCUACUGCCGACCUAUUUGCCACGUACCCCGCUGCUGCUUUUAUAUCACGUACCAGCAUGUUCUUUGAUGAAUUCCUUGCUAGUUCAAUUCUCCAGUUUAUUAUUUUUGCAUUGUCUGAUGAAUUUAAUAAUUUUGGUGCUGGCCCCCUCAAGCCCCUGGGCCUCUUCUUUCUUGUUCACGGCAUUGGUGCUGGCUUUGGCUGGCAGACUGGUUAUGCGAUUAACCUCGCCCGUGACUUUGGCCCUCGACUGGUCACGUACAUGGCUGGUUAUGGCCCUGAAGUCUUUUCAGCCGGCGGCUAUUACUUCUGGUUGCCCCCUUCUUGGGCUGUCUAA